CCGAAUAUAACACCACGGCUUCUCUCCGUGGAGCGCCAUUGGAGAAGAAGAAUAAGGAGAAGGAAGAAGAAACAGCCAUGUUCUACUCACUCUCUCUUCUAUCAAGAAAAGGACCCCUGGGCACCAUUUGGAUUGCCGCAUAUUGCUUCAAGAAGCUCAAAAGAGGACAGAUUGCUUCUACCGACAUUUCCUCCACAGUAGAUAAAAUCAUGCCCGAAAUUCAAAUUUCUCAUAGAGUAUUGGCUCAACUUCUUCUUGGUAUUGUCAAAAUUUUCUCAAAGAAAGUGGAUUUUCUCUAUGAUGAGUGCAACGAGACAUUAAAUCAAAUAAGAAAGUCUCUUCUUGUCGCUGAAGGGAAUAAUGCACAGAACAAAGUUAGUGCUAGACCAAGAAAGGGUAACAGGUGCAGUAAAGAGGUAAAGUCUGCCAUAGAUCAUAUAGCUAUGACAAUGAAGGAGCAUAGCUGUGAAAAACAGAUUGAAACGAUGCUUGCAUCAUACCAUGAGGUUUCUGUUCCUCUUCCUGAGCAAUUUGAACUUGGUUCAUUUGAUUUUGGGGUUUUGGAAGAGGGAGAUAUCGGCGGAAGUCGUCAGCAUCCUACUCCUCUAGGUGAAUGGCAGGACAACAGGACCCACCAGCCUUCAUAUUUGGAUGAGUGUCUCACCAAUGAGGUUUCCGAUCUUUCAGAUUAUAAGUCUUCUCGUUUUACACCUCUUGCCGACAUCCUUCCAUCUUGUACAUUGGAUGUUGAUCUCGAGCUUAGUGAUGUUCAUCAUGAAUCAAGCAACUUUUCUAACGUUCAGAGAUCUCUGGAGCAAUUUCACCCUGGAGGAGACAUCGAGAAGGAAGUAUGCUUAACUGGACGCAUGCCUUUAAAUGAUAAGAUAGAAGAGGGCCAUAUUCAAUUAAAGCAUCAACAGACAGUGCCUUCAGUUAGAGAUGAGAUCCUAUCUGUAGAAGAGCAAAAACCUAUAACAGAGAUAUUGAACUUAGAGGGAGAAAUGAUAUCCAGCAUGAUGGAUGUUGAUUUUGUGCUCUGUGAAACUCAUAAUUCAAACAAGUAUGCUAGUGUUCCGAUAUCUUCUGUCGAAUGUCCCCAUGGAGGAGAUUUUAAGAAGCAAGUAUGUUUAUCCGGGAGUUUGCCUUUACUUAAUGUAACUGAAGAGAUCCAUAUACCGUUAAAUAAUGAACAAACUGAGCUGUCAGUUGGAGAUAAGAACCAUCUUGUUGAAGGAAGAAGAAAUCCAACAGAAACAAUCAAUUUACAGGGAGAACUGACACCUGAAAGUGGGAACGAUAAUAUCGGUAAAAGGCAUGCUGAUGCUUUGCCUCCAGAUAAACAAAAACCAAACAUCUCAGCAUCUCCUAAAUUUAUGCUUGCCACUCCGGCAAAUAAAGAAAGUUCUCGGGUUUUGAGGAAAAGAAAGAAAGACUAUGAUAAAAGUAUCAUUCUUUCAAAUAAGUUUAUGAAACAAAUUAUAAAUGACGCCAGUGAUCUAGUAUGUAAAAGAAGAAAAUUACCUCAUAUUGAUCUUGAUAUUUGGAAGUUCCGGAGAUUCUCAAAUCCGUCUCAAAGUUUUAAAGACCCUUUGAUUCCUUUUUCUUCUCCCGUGCAAGAAAAACCGUCGCAGAAGAAAUUGCCUAAGCUAUCAAAAAAUUCUGUUGAACUUAUUGAUUCACCCAACGUGAAAGAUGGAAUGACUCUUGAAUCUUCAAAUGCUGAAAUAGAUACAGAAAUUUCGAUGCAGAAGCGAAUCGAAAUGCCAGAAAUUUCAAUGCAAAAGCUGGUUGAAAUGCGUCCUCAUUUACCAAAGGAGUCUGCAGUUGACCAUAUCGAUCCAACGAACAAAGAAGAUAGCACGCCUCACAUUAAUGCCGAACCAGAAACAGAAGCUUUGAUUCAAAAGCUAGACCUAACAUGUCAGACCCCAUCAAAUUCUUCAGACUGCAGGUCCAACUGUUUGAAAAAUGUUAACGAAGAGUUCACUUUACCAGAUGCUGUCCAUUAUCAACUAGAAAAAUUGGAACUCUGCUUUCAUGGGGAUGAUAUUGGUGAACAAGCUAAUGGAUGGCCCCCAAGUACAAGGGUAGCAGCACAGUACUUAUAUAACAGGUUUCUGAGGCUUAGGGAGAAAGAAGUUGUGGCUUUGAGUCUGACAGAGAUUCUUGAAGGAAAAACAAGAGCAACACGUGCCAGAUUCAUGUACGAGACGCUGACUUUGAAGACAUAUGGAUGUAUAGAUGUUAGACAGGAUUUUCCUUAUGGUGAUGUCUCUAUUUCGGCAACUCCGGUGCUAGAAUCUUUUCAGAAAGUUUAUAUGUGAGGAUAUUACUUAAGAAUUUUUUCAGGAGUCUCUUUUUUGUAAAUGUUCCUGGCUCAUAGGCUCCUUUUUGUUUUCAAAAUAUCUGUGUAUAUAUUUAAAGAUACUUUCUGGUUUUGUUAAGAAAGGAAAAAGGUGGAAAAAGGUUUUGUAGAGAG